GAGUGUUGAGCAGAAGGGAAAUUAAAUCCUUAUUUCCUUCCUUCUUUUGCUCCUCCAUUUUCAUCUCAUCUGCGAAAAAAAAAAAAAAAUUAUUCAAGUCCAUUCAAUCUGUACAGAACAGAGUUAUAGAGCUGGAUUUAGUAUUUUUCGUACAACUUAAUUCUGGAGAUCCAAAUCGAAGAAAACAUCGAAAUCAGAGAGAUCAAAAUCAUCGGAAUGAUUAAAAACACUAUCGUCAACGUCCUCGAAGCAAUCUUGAAGUCAAUAGUCACAGAAGAAGGGAGAAGAGUGAACAAGUUCCCAUCACUGAUGAUGAAGUAAUACAUACCUCUAAAUGUUAGAUGAUGAAGAAGAUGUCGCAACAAGAUACUACAGACCAACAAGAUGUCGCAAGGAGAUGAUGAAGAAAAGAAAUCGCUCAGAUGAUGAAGAAGAAAGCGUUUACUUAGAAAAUUGCGAAUGAAAUCGCUGAAAUGAAUGAAGAAUGAAAGGGAAAAUAAAUCACGUGACUUGCACGUGAUGGUCAACGUUAUUUUCAACGGUCAAACACUUACAAAGGGUUAACAGGUAGUCUUUUGCAAAGAAUAAUUUAAAUAAGGUAGGUUUUUGCAAAAAAAUUUACAAAAGGUAUUUUUUUGCAAAAAAGGGUAUAGAAAAGGUAGUUUUAUAUAAUUUUCUCUAACAAUAAUAAUAAUAAUAAGGAUGAUGAGAUAAGGAUUAAAAAAAGCAAAAUAAAAGCAAUACAAUGUCAUUUAGCACGAUUUCUCCUUCAUUCUUAUUCUUAAACCUCUUCACAACCUAGAGAUAGAGGAAGACCAACCCUUCCCACCGGCUUCACCAUCAAUCCGGCAAGAUGAACAUCCCCUCUCCCACUCUCCACAAUUCCACAUCAGUUAACCCUAGUUGUUGUCGCCUUUACUCGACCUACUUUCCCUUGAGUUGCUGGUUCAAACAUACUUGUUCUGUUUAACUCAGCUAGGAAUUGAGGACUUGUAUGAUGAUGAUGGUGGUGCUGGUAGAAAGGGAUUAGCUAUUAAAAUUGAAGGAUUGUAAGCUUGAGAUUGAUAAUGAAGAUAUGAAUGAAAGUAGCAAUUGAUAAAUUGAAUCAAAAGUGGAGGUAUUCAUGAUUAAGAAAUGGCUUCAUUUCGUGUGACUGUUGUAUGCUUUUGGAAUGGUUCAAUUCGAUCAACUAGUAUCAAUGUUAAGUAUGUUGGGGGAAAACGUAAACUGUUUGCAUGCAAUUCAUACAUGGAUUUGAAUGAAUUUAAACAUUUUAUAUGCUUUAGGAUUGGCAUUGACACUACAAGAAGUACUGUUAAUUUAAGUUUUAAAUACAAUCUGAGUAGAGAUUUGUUAGCUUUUCCGGUUGAGGAUGAGGAGGCUAUAGAUGCAAUGUGGGAGUAUUUAAGGUCUACCCCUAGUCCUUCUUUAGAGUUAUAUGUAGAAGAGGUACCCCUAGGGAACGAAAAUGUGAACGUUGUGGAAACAAAUGCAUUUAUGAAUAUAACUUCUUCUGCCCCUUCUCAUACGCCCUUCCCUACCCAAGAAACCGAAAAUCCCUUUAUUCCAUCUUCCUCUUAACCUUGUAAUAAACCCAAUCAAGUUCAAUUUCAAGUCUCAAAUGAUGUUACUUUUAACUUACAAGAUACAAAUGAGCCUUGGGAUGAUGUUAAUAGUGAAAGUAAUGAAUUCGUUGAAGCUCCUUCUGAGGACGAUGUGGGUGUUGACGAGGAGGCUCUAGCUAAUGACAUGACCUUAAGAAACAUUCCAACAAUCGUUGCUCCUACACCCUAUGCACUGGUUCCCCCUCUAGAUGAGCACUUUAAGGACAACUCUUGGAGGUCUUGGGAUUGUGAUACAACCUACACCGACGAAGGAGAGUUUCAAAAGGGUAUGAUGUUUGACAACAAGGAUGCCUUGUUGGACGCUGUUAGAUUGUAUCAUAUUCGUAGGAACGUUGAGUACCGAACUGAGACUUCAAAUCAAACCGUGCUCACGUUGAAGUGUAAGAGAGGGUGUGGUUGGAGGCUUAGGGCUAGGAAGAGCUCCUAUUCACCGUCAUGGGAGAUUAUUACUUAUAAAGGGAAGCAUGGGGGUUGUGUUUUAAGUACUGAAAACGUGUCAGCUGGGCACAUUCAUUUGACAUCUUCCGUGAUUAACAAUCGUAUUAGUUUUUGUGUUGCUCAAGACCCAUCAAUUAAGGUUUCUGUUGUCCGUCAAAUGGUGAAAGACCAAUUCGGUGUCGAAGUGACCUAUAAGCGGGCAUGGUGUGCUAAACAGCAAGCCCUUCUCUCGAUCUAUGGUACGUGGGAAGAUUCUUAUCCUCUUCUUCCACGCUUCCUGAAGGCACUGCAAAUUUCAAAGACUAUAGGUGACUCCAGGAGACUCAUACCUUCCACCUACCUAUAGGUGAGGCUACCGUCACGUUACUUGACGUAGCUGUGCUUACACGGCUUCUCAUCGAGGGACCCUUACCCCGCUGAGGCAUACGCUGCAUUGCCUCAGCACUCGGGCAUAUUGUCAGGGGCGUGGAGAGCAUCUGUACCUCUGAUCUGCUUCGACAUAGUCGAAGUGCAUCUCCCUGAGCGCGUACUGCGCCAAUUUGGGAUGGUACAGGGCAUCCCGCCUCCAUGUGACACAGAAGCGGAGCUCCACCACUCUCGCAAGGGUCGGAAACCCAAGAACUGGCUAGAGGUCAACUGGCGCCAUGUCGCUCGUUGGGAGCACAGGCUAGAGCUGCUUGCCCAAGGUGCGCCGAUCGACGCUGCAGGCGCACCUACUACGGCGGAUUACAUGCCGUGGUUCCUCUCCAUUACUCGUCGAUGGAUGACACCACGAGGUAUCUUGGCGGCAUCCCAGUACAAUCCCGCAGCACCGACGAUGACACACUUUGCACAGGGCAUUGCAUCAGUCAUCAGCUCCUCCCAAGAGGAGCCCGUACGGGAGAUUGCCCAAGGCGUACUCUUAGGCACGUAGUUUCAACACUUCAUUCCGGAAGUGACUGCGCUCCACACCACUACGUGCGAGUACGAGUCAUCUCCUCAUCACCCCGAGGUUCAUCUUGAGGAGGUUGACUUAACAUGCCCGGACUACGGUGCCGGGUCCUCACAGGGUGCCACAUCAUCACACUAUCAAUCCCCUCCCCUACCCGAGCGUCAUGCGACUGCAUCUUACUAUCGUAGGAGGCGUCGUAAACUGUCACAAUUAGAAAGGGUACUGGAGGAGGAUUAGCAUUAAAAUACUUUUGUAAUUAUUGAACAUUUGUACAUACUCAUUUGUAACUGUUGGUCUUUUGUGUGUAAAUUGUAACAUAUAUGUAGAUGUAUAUAUUUUUACCGUAGUAUCACACGUUUAUUAUAAGUGAAUUGAUGUUAACUACUCAGACUUUUGGGCGAUGAAUCAUUCCGCGAACAAUGCAGCAUGAAUUUAAUCAAAAACAAACAUACAAUCAUAUUCAAAUAAGGAUGUUGCUAUCCAACAUUCAACACAAUUUCAAGCAAGUUCAACAAAUCCAAAUCCAAUUACAUACUUCAUGCAUUAAGUUAAACUAGCGUUCGUAACUAAGAAGGCUUAUUUAACUUUCUCAUAAUUCUUUCAGUCUCUUCUUUCCUAUGUGCCAUAUCAUCCAUUUGUCUCUUUAGAUUAAAUACCUCAUCUUUAAGCUCUUGUUUUUCCUUCUCAAGCCGUAUUAUUAAGUCUCUCUGCCAUUUUGUACCCUCCGGAGCAAUCCAGCGAAAGUAUGUGCAUCCUAAUCCGUCAGCCAAGUAGAAAGGGCAAGCAACAAAUUCACAGCCUGGAUCGAAGUCGCUCCAAUCAGUAUUAAUCUCAACUUCAUAACCACAAUCACAAAGCUCUUCAAUACAAUGCUCCUUUGACAUCUACAUAAUACAUAUAAUAUAGUAACGUAAGUGAACUUUCAAAAAUAAUAUUUACAUUUAUAAUAAUAAAACAAACAAAAUAUCUUAUGUUACCUUUAACAAUUGAUUGAAAAGAAGAAGAAUGAUGUAGAAUGGAUAAAAUGAAGUAUGAGAAAUGAUGGACCUAUUUAUACAACAACAUUACAACGACUAUUUUCACAUUCCUAACGGCUAUUUUUCUAAUUAACAACGGCUAGUUUAGUUUUUAAAUAAAAAAAAAUAAAAAAUAAAAACCUGAUAGUCGCUGUUAGUAACAGCGACUUUCAACUUUUUAAUUUUUUUUUAUUUCCCCUUAUUCGCUGUUAGUAACAGCGACUUACCCGAGGCUAGGCUUGGAUGUACGGAAGCUUAUUUUAAGACAUAAGUUUUCCCGAAUCUUAUAUUUGGAAUUAAGUAGAUAAAUAAUCUCAUUUAUUUCAAAUUUUCCAAAUCAACACAAGUAUUCAAUUUCCAAUUCACUGGCCCAAUGUCCAUUUUUUCUACAGUACUCCCUCUAACACUUGAGAUCAGGCCAAUUUUUGGUUUAGUUUAUCUACUCAAAUUUGUUUUUC